CAUAUGUUCAAACCAUCAAUCAAUCUACAAUAUAUAAAGGAUAACAAGACAAUGAUACAGGAGAAUGCCAACAAACGAAACACACAGAUUGAUGUUGGAGCAAUAGUAGAUCUUUACGAUAGGUAUCGUGGCGUGAAGAAGGAGAUCGACUCGGUGCGUGCACGCAAGAAUGCUAUUGCCGCCAAUGUCAAGGCAAAGACUACGACGAGCGAGCAGCGCGCUCAGCUCGUCGAGCAGGGCAAGCGAGUCAAGGAGAUGCUGGUGCAGAUGGAGCUCGAUCACGACCGCAUGCUCAAUGAGCUCACGUCCGAAGCGCUCAAGAUACCCAACGACACACAUCCCGACUCGCCUGUCGGCCCCGAGACAUGCGCGCGCACCAUCCUCGAAGUGGGCCAGAAGCCCACAUUCGCCGGCUUCACACCUCGCGAUCACAUCGAGCUGGGCGAGUCGCUGGGCAUGUUGCUGCCCGCCAGCCAGACAUCCGGACACAAGUAUUACUAUUUCACACGCGACGCUGCCAUGCUGGAGAUGGCGCUCAGCUAUUGGGCCUUCUCGACAAUGCAGAUGCGCCACGGGUUCACGCCCGUGAUCACGCCCGACGUCGUGCAUCCCGCGCUUGCCGAGGCGUGCGGCUUCCAACCACGCAGCGACGCUACACAACUUUACUGGCUCAAAGAUCAAGACCUGUGUCUGACGGCCACGGCCGAGAUCCCUCUGGCGGGCAUGCACGCCAACUCAGUGCUGGACGAGCACCAGCUGCCACUCAAGCUCGUGGGCUUCUCCCACUGUUUCCGCGCCGAGACUGGACGCGGCGUCUUCAACAAGGGCAUCUACCGUGUGCAUCAGUUCAGCAAGGUGGAGAUGUUUGUGGUGUCGACGCCCGAGCAGUCCAACGCGAUCCUCGAGCAACUGUUGCAGAUUCAGAUCGAGCUGUUCACGUCACUGGGGCUGCCGUUCCGCGUGCUCGACAUGCCCACCGAGGACCUGGGCGCGCCCGCCUUCCGCAAGUACGACAUUGAGGUGUGGAUACCCAGUCGCAACGAUUAUGGCGAGAUAUCAAGCGCGUCGUCGUGCACCGACUAUCAGAGCAGGCGAUUGAAUAUCAAGUAUAGGCAAUCGAGUGAUACGCCAUCCGCGUCAGUGUCGCCCACCGAGUUCACUCAUACAUUGAAUGCCACUGCAUGUGCUAUACCAAGGAUAAUAUUGGCAAUAAUGGAGAAUAAUCAACAAGCAGAUGGUUCAGUUAUUAUACCAGAGGUACUUAGACCAUUGAUGGGUGGUAAGGAUAGGAUCUUGCCUUUAGCGUCAUCAUCGUCAACUAGUAAA